AUGUCAACUUCCGAAGCUCAAGGUACCACUUCUAUUGCAACAUCAGCAGUUCAUGUUUCUAUUAUUUUAUCCUCUUAUAUUGAAACCACUCUCAUUGAUACUUCUACUUCCUUACCACCACUUCGCACACAAAUUCCUACUUUAUUACAUGCUUCCACCGUACCACCUACCUAUAACACCAUCAUGAAUCAACCUAUUACUUCUAUUUUCCCUUCCCAAUCCACCGAAGGUGACAAAUCAAUUCCAGAUGAUAGUCAAGAUGAUGAUGAUUUCAUGGUCUCGUUUGCUGACAUUCAAUUUGACCCUGAAGAGGAGAACAUUCCUGAUCACAUAUUGAUGUCAAGAAAUCGGUUUACAAUCUUGAACCACAAGCUGAGUUAUUUGCUUCAGAUUCAGGCCGAUACAUGA